AUCGUGGGAACAGCGACAUCGUGGGAACAGCGCUGGUCAGGGCACCGUCGCAGUGCCCCACUUUGGAGACCGCGGCACAGUGCCGGGAUUCUACGACGGAAUUGGAGACCAUCAUCACGGCGGCCAAGCGCUCUGUUCUAGAGGCUUCAUGGCCGAAGCUAUGGCUGGUUUUACGGCAGGCGGCUUUGGCCUAGGCCGUGGGCGAGGAGCUAGAGUGACGGUAGGAGCCACAUCAGAUGCCAGGCAGCCGGGUGCCGAGCAGUCUACUAACGGUUGGGGAACCACUGCACCCACCGCAGAUUCCACAGGCUGGGGUACAGGAGGAGGCCACACCAACAGUGCGCCGGCAGAGGCUGGCUGGGGCGCCACGAACGGGGCUGUCGACUCCGGCUGGAACAACAAUGGCGCUGGUGACAACAACAAUGGCAGCACGGCGGCUGCAGAUGACCCCUGGCAGGAAGACACAAGCAGCGGAUGGAAAGAGGAGCCCAGUUCGAGCUAUGGCGGCUCCAGCAGCUUCGGCGGUGGAGGCAGCUACGGAGGUGGCGGCGGCCGCUCUGGCGGGGGUGGCGGAAGCAGAGUGCACUCUGGCUGGGACAACCGGGCAGGUGGAGGCGGCGGCGGCGGAGGACGUCGUUCGGAUGGGCGUCGUACAGGUGGCAGAGCCUGCUUCAAAUGCAACCAAGAAGGGCAUAUGAGUAGAGAUUGCCCUAAUGCGGACUCUGGAGGUGGAGGAGGCCGCGGACGAGGCUGCUUCAAGUGUGGAGAGGAUGGCCAUAUGAGUCGCGAUUGUCCAAAUGCCGACUCUUCUUCUGGUGGUGGUCGUUCUGGCGGCAGAGGCUGUUUCAAAUGUGGCCAAGAGGGCCACAUGAGCAGGGAUUGUCCCAACUCGGAUUCCUCAGGAGGAGGUGGCAGUGGGGGUAGAGGCUGUUUCAAGUGUGGCGAGGAAGGCCACAUGAGUAGGGAUUGCCCAAAGGCCUCCAGUGAUGACCGACCCAAGAGGGGCUGCUUCAACUGUGGAGAGGAUGGGCACAUGAGUCGGGAGUGCCCGAACCCGCAACAGGAGCGGCGACCCAAGGGCUGCUUCAAGUGUGGCGAAGAUGGCCACAUGAGCAGGGACUGUCCCAACCCUGACGCUGGGGGAGGCCGAGGGGGUGAUUCCUCCGGAGAUGGUGGUGAUCGGCCAAAGGGGUGCUUCAAGUGCCAGCAGGAGGGCCACAUGGCAAAAGACUGCACGAAUGAACCCGUGCCCCGCAUGGGAGCAGACGGCAAGCCAAUGGAAGCACCUUACGUUCCGCCUUCACUUCCAACUGACGAGGACACCCUCUUCUCGAGCAUCUCCACUGGCAUCAACUUUGACAAGUACGACACCAUUCCUGUGGAAGUGAGCGACCCUCAGUUCCGCACGCCCUUCACAAGCUUCGAGGAGAUGGGCCUUACUAAUCUGCUGCAGCAGAACCUGAAGCGGGCCAAGUAUGUCAAGCCCACGCCUGUGCAGAAGUAUGCAAUCAAGAUUGCUCUGGCUGGCAGAGACAUGAUGGCCUGCGCCCAGACUGGAUCUGGAAAAACGGCGGCGUUCAUGCUUCCCAUUCUGCAAACUCUGAUGAGUGACAGUGCCCUGGAGAACCCUGCGAACCAGCCUGUGCAGACUCCUCUGGCGGUGAUCCUGUCUCCCACCCGCGAGUUGGCCAUCCAGAUUGCCCAGGAUGCGCACAAGUACGCCUAUGACUCGAUCCUUAAGACUGUGCUCGUGUAUGGGGGCACGUCGGUCCAGCACCAGCUGGCGAUGCUCUCCCGUGGCUGCCACAUCCUGGUGGCCACCACGGGUCGUCUCAAGGACUUUGUCGAGAAGGGCAAGAUCACAUUCGAAAAGUUGCGCUUCCUGGUCUUGGAUGAGGCAGACAGGAUGUUGGACAUGGGUUUCGAGCCCGACGUUCGCGCCCUCGUGGGGCACUCGACCAUGCCACCGAGGGGCCAGCGUCGUACGCUCAUGUUCUCUGCCACCUUCCCGGAGUCCAUUCAGAUGCUGGCGCGGGAGUUCCUGGACAACUCUGUCAUGCUGUCGGUGGGCAUUUUGGGCGCGGCCAACUCUGACGUCCAGCAGCAGAUUUACCAGGUGACCCAGUUUGAGAAGCGACAAAAGCUUCUGGACAUCCUUGCCGAGGAGGGCAGCGACCGAGUCAUGGUGUUCGUGGAGAAAAAGAAGACUGCCGACUUCCUCGCUGCCUUCCUGUCCCAGAAGGGUGUCAAGACGACCAGCAUCCACGGGGAUCGGUAUCAGCGGCAGCGCGAGGAGGCCCUGCAGGACUUCAGGCGGGGCACCUGCCCCGUCAUUGUGGCCACGGCUGUGGCCGCCCGCGGUCUGGACAUCAAGGAUGUGCGCCACGUCAUCAACUACGACUUGCCCCAGUCCAUAGACGAGUAUGUGCAUCGCGUGGGCCGCACUGGCCGUGUGGGCAACCUGGGCAAGGCCUCGAGCUUCUACGACUCCGAUGCCAACAGUGCACUAGCUGCUCCGCUCAUCAAGAUCCUGUCCGAGAGUCAGCAAGAGGUUCCCGACUGGCUGCAGACCGAAGCAAAGUAUGGGGGAGGAGGAGGUGGAGGUGCCCCGAGCUACGGCGGUGGCGGAGGAGGCGGCGGUGGUGGCGGCGAGAUGUGGGGAGGAGGAGGAUCGGCCUUUGCAUCCCAGCCAGCCGCCGAAGAGGAGGAGUGGGCCUGAACACUCUCAAGCCUCCAAUGGGGCCAGCCUCCGUGUGCUGUGUUUGUUUGUGUGCGUGUGUGCGGAUUCAUUUUCUUUGUUUGUUUGUGGACAUACGGCACCUGCUGGAAGAAGUGCAGGUUUCUUGUGUACAUAUUUCACCGAGUUGGGUGUUCAUUGAGAUUUUACCACUUGUUCAGUUCAAAUAAAGAUGCUUUCCACCUUG